UGUAUGUAUAAUUUAUUCUUAGCAGCUAACAUUAGCUCAACUCCAUGACUUGACGUUAACGUUAAUCCUAUGUUACUUUUACAAAUGUGGCAAACCAACUAUGGUAGUUAGUGGCAAGGAAGAAUACCCUGAAAAAAAAAACAAUGGCAGAAACCCAGACACUUAACUUUGGACCAGAAUGGCUCCGGGCUCUGUCUGGUGGAGGUGGUAGCAGCAACACUGUUGCUUCACCACCUCUCUCCCCUGCUUUGCCAAAGUAUAAACUAGCAGACUACCGUUAUGGGAGGGAAGAAAUGCUAGCACUUUAUGUAAAGGACAACAAGAUUCCCAUAGAUCUACAUGACAAGGAAUUUCUUCCCAUUUUACAAGAGGAUCCCUUACCACCAUUGGCCCUUGUACCUUUUACAGAAGAGGAGCAGAGAAAUUUCUCUAUGUCUGUAAACAGUGCGGCGGUGCUUCGGCUGACAGGAAGAGGUGGGGGCACUGUGGUAGGGGCGCCGAGAGGUCGAAGUUCUUCGAGGGGACGAGGCCGAGGCAGAGGAGACGGAGGGUUUUACCAAAGAAGUUUUGAUGAUGUGGAGGGAGGCUUUGGACGGGGAGUAAGGGAAAUGCAUCGCUCGCAAAGCUGGGAGGAGAGGGGAGACCGAAGGUUUGAAAAGCCUGGACGAAAAGAUCCAGAAGCGGCCCCACCUCAUUAUCAGCUUAACCACAUACGAGCCAACUAUGAGGAUGCGGUGCCGGGCCUUGUGCGUAAACACGACUUCACACGAUCAGAGAGCGAGAACUGGCGCAUGUCUCGUGAGGAGCAAAACGAUGUGCCUCGCUCAGCUGGGUGGCGGGAACACCCAGAGCGCCGGCGGUUCCCGUUCGACGCACGGGGGGAGGAGGAGCGGGGUUACCGGCGACCCCGCUCCGGCAGCGGCAGCCUGGAUGACGACCGUGACGCCCUGCCUGAGUGGUGCCUGGAGGACGCGGAGGAGGAGACGGGCAUCUUUGACUCUUCCGGAGCCUUCCACUCACUCAAGAAGGGUCCUAAGGAGCCCAUCCUGGAGGAGGCAGAGCUGGACUUUCGGCCUCUGGAGGAGUGUGAGGAACACUGGGAGAGAGACGAGAGCGAAUCAGAGGAGACCAAAGACACGGCCGCGGAGGCCAGGAAGGAGGGAGAGAGGAGGGAGGUAGAGGAACUGGGAAAACCAGAGGAAGAAGCGAUCACAUCUGCUCCUGUUCCGGCAGCCCCAACCCCUCCAGAGCCCACUGCCCCUUCACCUCUCUCCCCUAUCCAGCCGGUAGCAGCCGAGGCCAGCCAACGGCCGGUAGAGAGAGCCCCAGACGUCUUACCCGAGCCCUGCAAAGUACCCCAGCACACCCCUGCCUCCACGGGCAUGGUGGAGGGCAUCUCACUCCCCCACGUCGCCUCCGCCAGUUCAGACAUGCCUGCCCCCAUCCCCACACUACCGCCGCCACAGCCGCCACAGCCAACACAGCCGCCACAGCCAACACUGCCUCAGUCUCUAGAGAUACCCGCAGCAGUCCCCACCAACCUACCCUUCACAGCGGGCGUCAUGGCACCCAUCGGCAGGCCCGGUGCCAUGCCCCAUGAUGCGGAUGAAGAUGAGGGACUAAAGCACUUUGAACAGGAAGCAGAGAAAAUGGUGGCUUACCUCCAGGACGGGGUGGUGGACGAUGAGCAGCUGGCCAAGAGCGCUGAGCGGCCCAAACCAACAGCCUUGCCCAUCAGCCACGACGUUGCUUUUAAAUGGUUCUACAAGGACCCACAGGGGGAGGUUCAGGGACCCUUCAGCAAUCAGGAGAUGACCGAGUGGUUUCAGGCGGGCUACUUCACAAUGACACUGUUGGUCAAGAGGGGCUGUGACGAGGUCUUCCAGCCGUUGGGCGAGAUCAUAAAGAUCUGGGGGAGGGUACCGUUUACACCCGGACCAGCGGCACCCCCACUUCUGGGGGAUGUUGAUCAGGAGAGAUUAAAGAGACAACAGGAGCUAACUGCAAUCAACCUCUAUCAGAUGCAGCAGCUGCAGUAUCAGUAUCUUCUCAGGCAGCAGUUUGUGCAGGCGCAGGCCCUGGCCCAGCAGAAAGCAGCAGCUCUCAACUCCGCACCCCCACCUCCACCACAGCCACAGCCACAGCCACAGCAGCAGCAGCAGAUCAACCUGAUCCUCCACCAGGCCCUGAAGAUGAGGUCCUCAGAACCUCUGCUGCCGCCGGUCACUCGCUCCAUGUCGGUACCGGACUCUGGUUCGGUGUGGGACAUGCAGAACUCCUCCUCUCAGGCCUCCUGUACCCCCAACAUGCAGCCUGCACCGCCUAACACUGCAUGGGAGGGCAGUAGUGUGUGGGAUUUGCCUAUUGACUCAAUGGCACCAGCCUCUACCAUGGAACAGAUCCAGCAGCUGGAGAAGGCCAAGGCCAUGAAGUUGGAGCUGGAGCGGCGUGAGGCAGAGCUGCGGGCCAAACGGGAGGAGGAGGAGAGGAAGAGGAUGGAAGAGGCUCUGAGAGCCCGGCAGGAGGAAGAGCAGCGAAAGCGUCUGGAAGAGGAGGAGCUGGCGCGAAGGAAACAGGAGGAGGCACUGAGGAGGCAACGUGAGCAGGAGGAGGCGUUGCGCCGGCAGAAGGAGGAGGAGGAGGAGAGGUUAGCCCAGGAGGAGGCGCGCCGAAGACUGGAGGAGAGAAGGAGAGAAGAGGAGAAGGAGGAGAGGAGGCAAAGGGAAGAGUUCCUCCGCAAACAGGAAGAGGAGAGGCGGAAACAGGAGGAGCUGGAGGCCCUGCGGAAGCGCGAGGAGGAGAAGCGGCGCGAGGAGGAGGCGGCAGCGGAGGCCGCAGCCUUGGCACUGCAGCAGGAGGAGCAGCGGCGGCGCGAGCUGGAGCUCCAGCGGCAGCAGGAGGCGCAGAGGCAGAGGCAGCAGCAGCAGGAGGCCCUCCGGCGCCUGCAGCAGCAGCAGCAGCAGCAGCAGCUCGCCCACAUGAAGCUCCCCUCUUCUUCGAAGUGGGGUCAACAGUCUGCCUCCCUGACUUCCCAGUCCCAGAAUGCACUGUCACUCGCUGAGAUCCAGAAACUGGAAGAGGAAAAAGAACGCCAAGCACGACAGGAGCAGCAGCGGCAACAGCAGGAGCUGCUGAAGGCCCAGCAGCUGCAGCAGCCCCAGCAGGCCCAGGCCAAGCUCUCAGGCUGGGGCAACGUGGCCAAGCAGCCGGCCGCAACCAAGUCCUUGCUGGAGAUCCAGCGAGAAGAGGCACAGCAGAUGAAGCAGAGGAAGGAGCAGAAGCAGCAGCAGCCACAACAGCAACAGCAGCAGCCGCCGCCGCCGCAGCAGCAGCCACAGCCACCGCCACCGGCGCCUGUCCAACAGAAUCGAGCCAACACGCUGAGCAGCUCUGUGUGGGGCUCUGUGAGUGGUGGCGGUGGCUCCACCUGGGGCUCGGACACCAGCAGCAUCUGGGGCGACACUCACAACUCCAACGUAGGCUUCUGGGACGAGGCUGUAAAGGAAGCUGCUCAGCCGCCCCCACGCAAGGCCAGCUCUCAGAAAAGCAAGGGAAACGCUAACCUCAGUAACUCAGUGAGUGGGAAAGCCAAUAAGAAAGUGGAGGAAGAGGAAAAGUUGCUAAAACUGUUCCAGGCAGCCAAUAAGAGUCAAGAUGGCUUCAUGCAGUGGUGUGAGCAGACUCUGCACACGCUCAACACUGCCAACAAUCUGGACGUUCCUACGUUUGCAUCCUUCCUGAAGGAGGUGGACUCCCCCUAUGAAGUGCAUGACUACGUCAGAGCCUACCUCGGUGACACGCCCCAGGCCAAGGACUUUGCCAAACAGUUCCUGGAGCGCCGUGCCAAACAGAAUGCCAAUCAACAGAAACCGCAGCAGAUCCAGCAGCAGAAACCGCAGCAGCAGGGCUCUGUUUGGGGGGGAACGACACCACAACAAGUUCUUCAGUCCAACCACACUAGCCUCCAACAGCAGCAGCGCUUUGAGACUGUGACAUCAGGGAAAAAGAAGAAAAAGCAGAAGAUGGUUCGAGCAGACCCCAGCCUCCUCGGUUUUUCGGUCAAUGCCGCCUCUGAGAGGUUGAACAUGGGUGAGAUCGAGACAGUGGAGGACUUUUGAGGACUUGGAAAGGGACAGCUCAACUUGAUGCCCCCCCUCACUCCCCUGACUAUUUCCCAUCUGAACAGCAGCCUCCCCCGCACCCACCCCAUCACUACUCUUCUGUUUUUUUGUUUUUUUUCUGUCUGCCCCACCCCACCUCCCUUCCAUGUCAAAUUCCAAGCAGUGGAUAGAUCCUGGGAGCCUCCUGACACCAGUGUCAUGCCCAACCGCCAAGAGGUUCUUACAGGGAAAAAACCCCAGAGCUCGACUCAGACUAGGCUUCACCAAGUAAAACAGCUGAAGCUGGACUGUGUGUCUGCGUUGGGAGAGGACCCUUGUUGGAUCAACACAGGUGUGGUUCAGGACCGGACUUCACCUCAGCACGUCGGCCUCAGCGGCCAGUGGGUAGCCCCCACAAUCAAUUUUUUUUUUUUCUUUUUCUUUUUUUCAAUUGUGAAAAUGAGGGUCAUGCAUUUAAAAAGAGGAAAAACGAUUAAGAUUUAAAGAAAAAUUUUUUUUUUUUUAUUAUUUAUUGAUGUUUUCCCAACUGUUUUUGCCUCGCCCUCCUCUUCAUUCUCCUUCCUGUAUGCUGACGGUUGUUCGUGGACGAUGGUGUUGUAGGACCUAAGGAUGUGAUUCACCAGUGUCCUGUUUUAAGGACAUGUUUUGAAAGUUCCAAGUAGUUAUCCAUUUCUUGUAAAAUAUUAGACUGUUUAAAGAAUAAACUUUCAAAUCUGCAUCUGUAUUAUAAUAUAUGGAAACGUUGAAUGAACGGAGUCAUACUUUUUUAUUGCAGUAUGAAAUAAAUCAACAGUCUCUUGUGUGGGCUGUUUUACAUCUC